GCGAGAUAGAACAUUUUAAUGCAGUCUAGUGCAGCACCGAAGAGCAGAUCUAUGAUUGGUUACCUACUUAGCUCGCGCAUGUGCAGCUCAAUUUCGUAUACGCUAACAUCAAAGAUGUCGACAGGGAGUUGCGCUAUUGUGGGCGGGUUGUUCCAACUUCUUGGUAAGCUAAACUGAUAGUUAAAUCGUGUGUCUGAUCUUGUCUAAAACUUGAAGGAAGAAAUCCUGUACGUACUGUGUUAAAAACCAUGUUACCCAUUGAUAAGGGUUCAUAAAUCUGAUUAUGUAGUUCCAUAUUCACACGCCUAGAGGUAGCUACAUCUAAAAUAUGGCCGCGCUCAGGUGUCUUUCAAAAAAGCAUGCAUCUGUCGGAUGAAAGUUCAUUGAGAAUGUUUUUUAACAAAAAUACGUAGGAAAUUCAGCAAUAUUCAACAAUCGAUUGUUGACUACUAAUUCUUGUUCAAACUGUCUGAUUCUGAUGCGGUGACAAAUAUCGAAAAUGUUUCAACGAUGCUAUUCGCUUGCGUUGCCGGCGCGACCCGUUGCGAUGAAUGUAAUCACACGAUUUAUUUCAAAGAGUAAUGGAUCAAGACGAUGUCUGUCGAGAGAACUCGAGAAAAGCGACGAGAAAAUUUCCUCUAAGCCGGAUGUUUUGUCGGAAUCGGCGAUAACCGAGAAUGAGAAUUACGCCUUAGAACGAUAUAACUCGAAACCGAAUAGUAUAAAUACAGCUACAUUUGCUCACGAGAGUUGUCUUGACGAUCACGAAGUCACCCUGCCACAUCCCCUGGAUACGUGCACUGAGGAUCUGUCGGAUGUCGGUCCGUAUCUCACACCAACUUUCACCUUCGCCAAGUAUGCAAACAAAUCCCGCACGAUUCAGGAAUUGGUGAAGCUUGGAGUUGCUUUAUAUAAGUUCGAGUCAAAAGAGGGGAUGGUGCAAUACAUUUUGAAUCUUGACUUCGAGCGGGAUGUAAAGCCAUACAUAAGGUUCCUACAUGAUUGUGGGGUGCCUGCCGAUUACUUAGGUCAUUUCAUUACAAAGAAUCCGAACAUUUUCAAGGAGGAUCUGGAUGAUUUGCACACGAGGAUAAGAUAUUUGAGGGCACACAGCUUCGAUGUGUCGAUGAUCAAGACGAUACUCUGCAAGAAUCCCAACUGGCUAUUGUACAGUACGAAGGAUAUAGAUGGUAGGCUUGGUUACUUCCAGACCAACUUUAAACUUAAUGGUAGCGAAGUAAGACUUCUGACAGUUAAGGGACCCAAGGUGGUAACUUACAAAAUGGUGCAUCUACUGGAAAAUACAUUCAGCAUCAAGGAGGAGAUGGAAUUUGAUCAAAUGCAAAUUAAGAAAUUGCUUCUCAAAUUGCCUAAAAUAUGGGUUAAGAAUCGCGACAGAUUGCUGAGUACAUUCGAGUACGCACAUAACGAAAUGCAGCUGCAACGUGAUUUUAUCGUACAAAUGCCGAAUAUUUUACUUUGUAGAAAAACUAGACUCCAACAGAGACAUUUAUUCCUAAUGGAACUGAAAAAAGCGCAAUACGAUCCUUCUAAACCGAUGUAUGUCUCGCCAAAAGCUUUGAUUGGCGGCACAGAUGCGGACUUCUGUAGAGACGUAGCAAUGACAUCCAUUGAGAUUUACAAUGCAUUUCUCAAAACAUUUUAAUUUAAAACAGAAUAAUAUAAUAUAAAUAUAAAUGUAAAUAAAUGUUAACAGAUACCUUUUGUUUUUUGAAUUAUUUCAUGGUUCAACGUUUUUACAAGAUCUUAAUAGGCUUUCGUAUGUUUUACUGAUUUUUAUAUACACAUUACACGUAUAAAUAGGUUUUUUUUUACAUCGCAUUCGUUAAAAUCGCAAUUAUUUUUCAAAUAAAAAAGUGUAAAAGAAGGUAAAUAUUCAACCCACAUCUCAUUAUUUAAUAAAAAAUGAUGUAUG